AGGAUUUACUACCUCUCCCUGGAGUUCUACAUGGGGCGGACACUGCAGAACACCAUGAUUAACCUGGGGCUGCAAAAUGCCUGUGAUGAGGCUGUGUACCAGCUGGGGCUGGACAUGGAAGAGCUGGAGGAAAUCGAGGAGGAUGCUGGUCUGGGCAAUGGAGGGCUCGGCAGGCUGGCUGCCUGCUUCCUUGACUCCAUGGCCACAUUGGGGCUGGCAGCCUAUGGCUACGGCAUCCGCUAUGAGUAUGGAAUCUUCAACCAGAAGAUCCGGGAUGGGUGGCAGGUGGAAGAAGCUGAUGACUGGCUCCGACAUGGCAAUCCCUGGGAGAAGGCCCGUCCUGAGUACAUGCUGCCUGUGCACUUCUACGGCCGAGUGGAGCACUCUGCCUCUGGUGCCAAGUGGAUUGACACCCAGGUGGUGCUGGCACUGCCCUAUGACACCCCUGUGCCCGGGUACAUGAACAACACUGUCAACACCAUGCGCCUGUGGUCGGCUCGGGCUCCCAAUGACUUCAACCUGCGUGACUUCAAUGUUGGAGACUACAUCCAGGCCGUGCUGGACAGAAACCUGGCAGAGAACAUCUCCCGUGUCCUCUAUCCCAAUGACAAUUUCUUCGAGGGGAAGGAGCUGCGGCUGAAGCAGGAGUACUUUGUCGUGGCUGGCACUCUCCAGGACAUCAUCCGCCGCUUCAAAGCCUCCAAAUUCGGGAGCACAGACAGUGUCCGGACGGUGUUUGAUUCCUUCCCCGACCAGGUUGCCAUCCAGCUGAAUGACACACACCCUGCCAUGGCCAUCCCUGAGCUGAUGAGGAUUUUUGUGGACAUUGAGAAGCUGCCAUGGGAUACGGCCUGGGACAUCACCAAACAAACCUUUGCCUACACCAACCACACGGUGCUGCCCGAGGCCCUGGAGCGCUGGCCAGUGGACCUGGUGGAGAAGCUGCUCCCCAGACACCUGCAAAUCAUCUAUGAGAUCAACCAGAGACACCUGGAUCACAUUGCAUCCCUCUUCCCUAACGACGUGGACCGGCUGCGGAGGAUGUCCCUAAUCGAGGAGGGAGGCAUCAAGAGGAUCAACAUGGCCCAUCUCUGCAUCGUGGGCUCCCACGCCGUCAACGGCGUGGCCAAGAUCCACUCCGAAAUCGUCAAGACUCAAGUUUUUGAGGACUUCGCGGCACUGGAGCCAGAGAAGUUUCAGAACAAGACCAAUGGCAUCACCCCACGGCGUUGGCUCCUGCUCUGCAACCCAGGGCUGGCAGAGCUUAUUGCAGAGAAAAUUGGGGAGGACUACGUGCGGGACCUGAGCCAGCUGACCAAGCUGCACGAGUUUGUGGACGAUGACCUCUUCAUCCGGGAGAUUGCCAAAGUGAAGCAGGAGAACAAGGUGAAGUUUGCGCUGUACCUGGAGAAGGAGUACAAAGUGAAGAUCAACCCUUCCUCCAUGUUCGAUGUGCACGUGAAGAGGAUCCACGAGUACAAGCGGCAGCUGAUGAACUGCCUGCACAUCAUCACCAUGUACAACCGCAUCAGGAGGGAUCCCUCAAAGCUGUUUGUGCCAAGGACAGUGAUCAUUGGGGGCAAGGCUGCCCCAGGAUAUCACAUGGCUAAAAUGAUCAUCAAACUCAUUAAUGCAGUGGCUCAGGUGGUAAACAAUGACCCCAUGGUGGGGAGCAAACUGAAGGUCAUCUUCCUGGAGAACUACAGGGUCUCACUGGCAGAGAAAGUGAUCCCUGCUACCGACCUGUCAGAGCAGAUCUCCACAGCAGGCACCGAGGCAUCAGGCACAGGGAACAUGAAGUUCAUGCUGAAUGGGGCUCUGACCAUUGGCACCAUGGAUGGAGCCAACGUGGAAAUGGCUGAGGAGGCUGGAGAGGAAAACCUAUUCAUCUUUGGCAUGAGGGUGGAGGAUGUCACAGAGCUGGACAGGAAAGGGUACAAUGCCCAGCUGUACUACGACCGACUCCCUGAGUUGAAACAAGCUGUUGACCAGAUUAAGAGUGGCUUCUUCUCCCCAAAAGACCCCAAUCUCUUCAACGAUGUGGUCAACAUGCUUUUCCACCAUGACAGGUUUAAAGUCUUUGCAGACUAUGAGGCUUAUGUCAAGUGCCAGGAGAAGGUCAGCGAGCUGUACCUGAACUCCAAGGCAUGGACCAAGAUGGUCAUCAAGAACAUCGCAGCAGCCGGCAAGUUCUCCAGUGACCGCACCAUCAAGGAGUAUGCCCGGGACAUCUGGCACGUGGAACCCUCUGACCUGAAGAUCCCACCACCCAACGAGCCCAGGGAUGCAGCCCAGGACAAGACCCCCAACGGCACAGCGGCGUAGGGGCACGGAGCGGCGCCGGAGCCAGGGGACGCAAGCACAUGCGCUGUAAAAUUCUCUGCUGUCUAGUGUCUGUGUUUGCUGCUGCUUUCCUAUGGAUUGGGGAAGGGGUGGGAUUUUUAUAACCUAAGUGUCAUGUGGAAAGCAAAACCACGUUGCCCUGUUGCUUGCAUUAGGUGCUAAAAAUAAAAGUGCCAUUGGA